CCCAUCUGUCAAAUUCGCUCAGAGACGAAUAACGGUUUGUCACGUAGUACACCUCUAUAAAUCUGUUUACCAUGCCUUCAAUGAAUACAACAUGAAUAAGAGCAACAAAGAUUUCAAGGCAUGAGAAAAAAUCGGAGUUGAAAGGAUUAACAAGAAAUACAUAUGGGCCACCCUGUAUAAUUAUUUCUUCAUUGCCAGGAACACGGCCAUGAUUUUGUCAGCUGUUUCUCUCAAAACGUCAACUGAAGAAAUUCAUUGUCCUGUGUUUUCAAUUAAUUAGUGUUUUUAUUAUGAAGUAUUGAAAAUAGUAUGCGAAAGGAAAAAUCUUUAUGACGCAAUACAAAAGAUUAAAAAAAUAGUUUGGCUAAUUAAAAGCCAUAUUAUAUUGAAAAAUAAAGUCAUAGGUUAUUAAAGAUAUUAUCAAAUGUCGUCUGCAUCGGAUGAGGACGUGGGCAAAACAGAAGCUGGAGCUAUUGUCGACUUCUUUAAGUCGAGCUCUGAGGCGGAUAAUGAGCUAUGCAAUACUUUUAAGGACUCGGAACUAAUGAAUAUUUCAGAGGGAUUUUGUUAUGCUGGUUAUCGUUUGGACCAAUACGCCCAGGAUGUAGCGGAUUUUAGCUCGCAAUAUGGCAGCGAUUACAGUAUAUCUUAUACAGCUCCUAACAUUACGGGUAAACCUCGGAAGUAUCCAGAAUAUGGGGACUUUCCAGAAACAUAUGCAAUGCGUACUUACGGCGAUUGGUGGAAAAAGGCAUCAAGUUAUGUUCCAGAAAUUCAGCCUCAAAACUUUCCAAAUAUUCCAGCGGAUGAUUAUAUUGUUGUAUAUUUCGAGGAGUAUGUUAUUCCAGAGGAAAUAGCGGUAUUUGAAACAUUCAAUCCCGGAGCCUUAAUUCGAAUUUGGGCAUAUAGCAUAACCAAAACUUGGUUUUGUCUUUGGGAAGCUGAUAAAUUAUACAAACCUCCACCUCAUACUGUAAACAAAGUACGCCGUUUUUCUCCGCAACUGAAAAAAAUGAAUUUGCCCACUAGAACUAUAAGACUAGAAUUUAAUCAUUCAUGUUUGGGUUACUUUACGGAAAUCGAUGCUGUUUUACUAGGAGGUAGAAAGGUGAAUAUUGAAAGCGCCCAACGAAUAGUCGACUAUUACGAACGUCAACGCAAAUGUUCCAUUUUACGCAAAUUACAAAGAAUUCAAUUUCGGCCAAAUAUCAAAGGCAACUAUCAUAAACAUUUGAGAGAGUUUUUCGCGAACGACCUUAAUAAAUUCCUGAACGUUUUAAGUAAUAGCACUGAAGUAUUAAAGGACGAGCCUGAUCUCCAAUAUUGUUACAAAAGUGUUGGACUCAACGAUAUGCCGUUUGAGAUUAUGUUGAAAAUAUUCAGUUACUUGGAUUUAAUAUCGCUAUUCUUAGUUGGACAAGUUUCCAAGUUCUUCUUUGACGUUUCCACACAUCCAUUGCUGUACAGCGAACUGAAUUUAAAACCAUAUUGGCAUCUCACAUCAAGCGAUUUAUUAUGCACUUUAGCAAAGAGAGCUACUGUUUUAAAAAAAUUGGAUUUAUCAUGGUGUGGUUUAUUUAAUACUAUUUCCCCAACUGAAUUUAAGAAAUUUAUACAGCAAAGAGGCGACAGUCUGAUAUGCUUAAGAUUGGACUCAUGCAAGAUUUUAAAUGCAAGUUGUAUUGAAACUUUGGGAAUAGUAUGCGACAACUUAAGAGAACUUUCCCUGAGAAAUUGUUCGACAGAUCCGCCACUACUGAACUUCUCCUGCUUGGCAAAUUUAAAGAAUCUGGAAAGAUUAGAUUUAUUUCAAACGGUAAGCACUAUUAUUAUUACACGUUUAAUAAAAUAUCGCAUGUAUUUACAUUCGUGCGGAUUAGCAUUUUGCGGAAUAGCUGUUAACAUGGACGCAGUGGCUCAGCAUAUAGGGCAAUAUAACCAAAGUUUAAUCUCAUUAGACUUGUGGAAGUCACGUUUUCUGUCGUCUGUAGGCUUGGAGGCAUUAUCAAAAUGCCAUGAUUUGGAGGAAGUUGAUUUUGGCUGGUGUUUACGGGAGGUCUCUCUUGGAGAUAGUUUAAAAAAAUUGUUAUUAAGUUGCACUAAACUCAAGAAACUAUUUUUGGCCACUGUACGUGGAAUAACCGACAGUGAUGUGGAGAAUAUUGCAAACUUUUGCAGUAACUUGGAACAGUUAGACCUGAUGGGAGUUUCAGGAAUAUCUAAGGAACGGUAUUAUGAGGUGCUGGUGAAAUGUGGAAAGCUGCAGUUAUUGGAUUUAAGUUUCUGUGAUAAUAUUGACGGUGAAGAGAUUGCAUUUUGGGCCCGCACCUUUAAAGUUAACAUUAAAUGCAGUCAUAUGCCUAAUGUGCCUAAUAAUGUGAGAUAUUAAUUAAAAUUAGCGUUGUACAAAAUUGAAAGUAACUAAUUUUUUGUACGCAUACAACUUAUACAAAUGUAAGCCAAAUAAUAUAUAAAUAUGGAUAGACACACAAA